AUGUUAGCCUUCGCAUCGCAUGUUUAUAAUCGGGCAUACCUCCCUCAUCCGAUCCUCAGUAACACUGUCAACUUAGCACAAGAUUGCGCACGUUCUAUUCUCCCUGCAACCAACCAAGAACCAACCAUGUCCAUAGCCAACGUCCUUCUCGUGCCCUACCCGUGCCAAAGCCACAUAAACCCCAUGCUACAGUUUGCCAAGAGGCUGGCGUCCAAGGGCGUGCCCGCCGCCCUUGUCGUGACCCGCUUCAUCGCCAGAACUGUCCAGUUUGAUGCCGGCCCUGUGCGCGUCGAGUCCAUCUCCGAUGGCCACGAUGAGGGCGGCCUCCCGUCGGCGGCAAGCGUCGACGAGUAUGUGGAGAGGCUGGAGUCCAGUGGGUCGGCGUCCCUGGCCGCGCUCAUCGAGGAAGGCCACUUCACACACGUGGUGUACGACUCGUUCAUGCACUGGGUGGCGCGCACGGCGCGGGGGCUGGGUCGGCCGGCCGUACCCUUCUCCACCCAGUCGUGCGCUGCGAGCGCUGUGUACUACUACAUCAACUCCGGGCUGCUGGACGCGCCGCCGCCGGGUGACAACUCGGGGGUCAGGAGCGAGCCGUUCGCCGGGUUGCCGAGGCUGGAGAGGUGGGAGUUCCCGUCCUUCGUGUUCCAUGACGCGCCGUACCCGGCGCUCACCGCCCCCGCGCUCGCCCAGUUUGCUGAUCGGGACGUGGGGGACUGGGUUCUCGUCAACUCGUUCGAUGAGUUGGAGUUCAAGAUAGUUCUGGAUGGGCUGAAGCGCCACUUCAAGGUCCGAGCCAUAGGGCCGUGCGUUCCUCUGCCGGCCGCCGAUGAUUCCGGGGACGUCGACCGCUUCACCUACGGCGCCAACCUGCUCGACCCGGAGGACACCUGCAUCAAGUGGCUGGACGCCAAGCCUCCCCGCUCCGUCGCCUACGUCUCCUUCGGCAGCAACGCGUCCAUCGGCGCCGCCCAGAUGGAGGAGCUGUCCCGCGGCCUCCUCGCCGCCGGCAAGCCGUUCGUGUGGGUCGUCAGGGCCAGCGAGGAGGCGCAGCUCCCGCGCCACCUCCUGGACGAAGCGACGGCGUCGGACGACGCGCUCAUCGUGCGCUGGAGCCCGCAGCUGGACGUCCUGGUGCACCGCGCCGUGGGCUGCUUCGUCACGCACUGCGGCUGGAACUCCACGCUGGAGGCGCUCGGCUUCGGGGUGCCGAUGGCGGCGCUGCCGCUGUGGACCGACCAGCCGAUCAACGCCCGCCUCAUCGAGGAGGCGUGGGGCGCCGGCGUGCGCGCGCGCCGCGACGCGUCCGCGGGGGUGUUCCCGCGCGGCGAGAUCGAGCAAUGCGUGCGCGCCGUCAUGGAAGACGAGGGCGGCAGGGCGGCUUCCGCCCGCGCGGCGGCACGGCAUCUGAGAGACGCGGCGCCCACGGUGCUCGCGCCCGGCGGAGCCUCCGACAAGAAACUGGGAGGGUUCUUGGAGUUGGCGUGCGACGUCAUGGACGAUGGCGCCACCAGGUCCGAACCUUCCCCGCGCGAGGCGGCACGUCGGUGGAGCGAGGCUGCGCGCGCCGCGGUAGCCCCCGGCGGCAGCUCCGACCAGAACCUGGACGAGUUCGUGGACUAUCUGCGGGCUAGCUCUGUCGCGUGA